AUGCCCGCCGACAUAGACGAGGACACGAGCAUGGAAGAGGCGAUGGACUACAUCCACGUCAACAAAUCACCAUGGCCUUCGUGCGCAUGCACGACUAGCAGAGUACCUUUUGAGGAAGACGGCGACGAUUGUAACAGUCACAAGCCUGAACAACUUGCACAAUGCAACAGACAUAUCCGAGAAUUGGAAGAAGCAACGAACAAAAAUUCAAGAUUGAUACAGUAUUGGAUUGAAAAGCAGCAAAAUGAUUGGCAAACUUACCUUCAACCCCGCAUUACUGAAAUAAACCAAGAAUGGCAUCAGAAGACCCAAGAUCUUCAAACUCGUCACCAAGCCGAACUGGCAAGCUUGCAGAAGCAGUUUUCUGAAGCCCAAGCCCUCGUGCAGCAGCUGGAGUCUAGCCUUAGCACAGAGCAUACUAAUUGUGUAUCCGCGGAGGCCGAAGCCCUCGAGAAUCACAAGCGCUGGCGCAAAAUUGCCGCUGAGCUUCGCAAACUCCACACCACCUCGUGCCAGUCAAACAAGAUUUCUGAUCAGGAUCUCAUCGAUGGUGCCAAAAGGAUGAGGUGA